CGGUGCGGCGGCGCAGGCGUAGAGCGUCAAGGGCGGCCUGGCAGCUGGCGGCGUUGAGGUGGACGGGUGUAGGGCCGUGGGACCGCGGAGACGGGACCUGCUUUGGGGGCAUGAGCCGAGGAGAGGACUCCGAAGUCAAGAGCAUUGCUCCUCUCCUGCCUGAAUGUUCACAUUCCUCUAGUAUUUCAUAGAGAUUGAUGGAAGCAGAAACCAAAACUCUUCCCCUGGAGAACGCAUCCAUCCUUUCAGAGGGUUCCCUACAGGAAGGGCACCGGUUAUGGAUCGGCAACCUGGACCCCAAAAUCACAGAAUACCACCUCCUCAAGCUCUUGCAGAAGUUUGGCACAGUGAAGCAGUUUGACUUCCUCUUCCACAAGUCAGGUGCUCUGGAGGGACAGCCUCGAGGGUAUUGUUUCGUUAACUUUGAGACAAAGCAGGAAGCAGAACAAGCCAUCCAUUGUCUCAAUGGCAAGCUGGCUCUGUCUAAGAAGCUGGUGGUACGGUGGGCACACGCUCAAGUAAAGAGGUAUGAUCAUAACAAGAAUGACAAGAUCCUUCCCAUUAGUCUGGAGCCGUCCUCCAGCACCGAGCCCGCUCAGUCUAACCUCAGUGUCACUGCAAAGAUAAAAGCCAUUGAAGCAAAGCUGAAAAUGAUGGCAGAAAAUCCUGAUGCCGAGUAUCCAGCAGCACCAGUUUAUUCCUACUUCAAGCCACCAGAUAAAAAAAGGACUACUCCCUAUUCUAGAACAGCUUGGAAAUCUCGAAGAUGAUGGUUAUGAAUCACUGUAACAGCAAAAGCAAAUCGGUCUUCACACCUGAAAUCCUCUGCCUUUGUACUUGUAGAUGUGAAUGGUACUAUCAGACAGAGCACAAUCACAUGGUAGAGUUUGGUAACAUAACAUUUUUGGAUGUUCUUCUGAAUGUUUCUCCCCUGAAGUAUGUGUAGAAUUGAGCAUCAUCCAGAAUAAAUAGGAUUGUAUCCAAAACUGAUUUGAACACUGAGAUGCUCUAAUUGGCUGGUUUGUUUGGAUUUGUAACUCCAGAAACUUUGUAUAGUGUGCCAGAGAGAAAGGCAAACACAAAAAAAAAUGUUAUUAUUUCAAUCAGGAAACUUAAUUUAUUAACAUCUGUCUUUAAAAAAAAAACAAACAGCAUUUUCUGUGCUCAAGUGUCUUUACAACAUAAAGAAAACAUAAAAGACAGGGAGGGAAAUGAGAAAUUUUGAAUCAUGUUCAGGACUGCUCUUCCCAAAACUUUCUAUGGAAAUCCCUCCAACUGGACUAAUAAGAAAAAGUUCUUGGCAAAAAGAACUGGUUUUUGAGCAAGAUUUGUAGUAAUAAUCUCUUUAAGAAUUAUGCUUAUUGUUUCAAAAUCCCAAUUAGGAAAACAUGGAGUAUAUCUUAAAAUUGUUUGCGUCAACGAAACUGUAGAAUGAAAUUUAGCAUUUUAUACCACAACAGAAGUUCUGUUUGGAAAUCCCACUUUUAUUCUAUUGUGAUCAUUUUUUUUUAAUCUUAAUAAUCCUGCCUUCUAUAAUACCAAAUGUCAUUAUUAAUGCGGGACUUUUAAAAUUGCAUUUAUUGCAUGAGACUGUUUUUAAUAGCAUGAGAAUGUUCUAUUUGGAAUUGUAUCAUGGUCAGUCUAAAUGGAAAAGCAAAAUUUCUUUGAAAACUUAAACACUGAUGUAUUGAUCACUAUCAAACAUGUUAUUUAUUAAUAAUUGUGUAGGGGUCUGAGUAGAAGAAAUUGAGUUGUCUUGUAUGGGGUGAGGUGGGGACAUACAGUGGACACACAAAGUCAGUGGAGCAGCCACUGCUCUGGCACCAGGACUGUAAUGACCUCAUGUUUUGUGUGUUUAAAAAAAAAGACUUGAAAAGCUGCAUGACUUUAAAACGAUUCUUCAUUUGUUAAACAUACUUCUCCUCAGAUAACUUUUGCCACUUUGAACAUUUAAAAUAUAACAAUAGAGAAAGAAAAAUAAAUCACUAGAUUUGGGAGUAUGUUUCUGUCAGCAGUGUUGGUCAUUUUGGUGCCAGGUUGAUGGACAGCUUCAUUGGGCAGCACUGUUGCUUCUUGACUGGGUAAAUCAUUUUUGGUACCCAGGCUGCCACUUUUAAUGAUUACAGACUGUUUACUGUCAUUGUUCCUAGCAGAGGAAGCUUUCAUUAUAGGAGCUUAAGUGUUCCCAUGAGCAUAAAUGAAUUUAGGACACUUGAACCAAAACUUGAGCAUAGUGAGGUUUCAGAACUCACAGACCUGGUUCAGAAAAAUUCGUAUCACCUUUCCCAAGGUAAAACUUUUCAGAUAUGUUUAAAUAUUAAAUACUUCCUGCAUUUAUUAGCUCUAAGAUGCAGGUAACUCUCCUUCCACUUGGGGGAUGGUUCAGGGAGGUGGGAGCAUCAUCUCCCAUUUUUCUGGUGACUUCUUAGAACAUAGAAUUCACCGUUUUAUCCUUAAGUCCUCAAAGGGUUAUGGUGGAGUAGGACUUACUUAAUGCAAAAUAGUCUUCUAUUUUUAAUAGGAACUUAGAAAAUACUUAACUUUGAAUUACCUAGAGUUGUUUCCUUUAGAAACCAGAGCUAUUUAUUUGUAUUUAAAGCAAUGUUUAUUAUUUGUACCAAUUCUGAUUCCUCUGUGUGAAUAAACGCAAGACCGUGUC